UUAACAACCCAGCGGUUAAUUAAAUUAAUUAAUUAAUUAAUUAGUGGAGAGUUAAACAAAGAGGAGUGAAGAUGAAGAAUACCAGUAGCAGUAACUAACUACUCUUUCCAAUUUUUUUCAUUUCAUUCUUUUCCAUGUAAGAGAUUCAAGAGAAGAAAAGCAUCACAUCACGUAACAAUGGCGUCAUCUUCUUCUUCCCGCGUCCUGUUAUUGCUCAUGCUGUUUCUCACUGCAUCUGCCUCCGAUGAUGUGAUGCGCGAUGAUGAAAGAGCUCCUAAGUCCGAAUCCUGCAAUAACCCCUUCCAAUUGGUUAAGGUGGAAAACUGGGCAGAUGGUGAGAAAGGACUUACUCAUAGUGGUAUGACUGCGAGAUUUGGUUCUUCGUUGCCGGAAAAGGCGGAAAAUAGUGUUAGGACUUCGGCUGUUUUAUCUAAUCCUAGUGAUUGUUGUUCUCCUUUAACUUCAAAGUUGUUUGACUCGGUUGCUCUGUGUAUUCGUGGUGGUUGUGAUUUUCAAGUUAAAGCUACAUUUGCACAGUCUGGAGGUGCUACUGGUGUUUUGAUUAUUAAUAAUGAAGAGGAUCUUGCUGAGAUGGUUUGCUCCAACAGCACUGAGGCGAAUGUUACAAUUCCUGUUGUGAUGAUAACAAAAUCAGCAGGAGAAGCUCUCAAUGCAUCUUUAGUAUAUGGAAAGAGAGUGGAAGUUUUGUUAUAUGCACCUCCUCGACCACUUGUAGACUUCUCAGUUGCAUUUUUGUGGUUGGUGGCUGUUGGAACACUUGUAUGUGCUUCACUAUGGUCAGAUCUAACUACUCCUAAGAAGUCCGGUGAACGCUAUAAUGAAUUGUUUCCCAAGGAAUCUCGAAAUGCUGGAGCAGCAAGAGGUGGUUAUGAUAAGGAAGUUCUUAAGAUUAAUUCAAAGGCUGCUGCGGUAUUUGUCAUAGCAGCAUCUACCUUUCUUGUUCUGUUGUUCUUCUUCAUGUCAGCAUGGUUUAUGUGGGUGCUCAUUGUACUUUUCUGCAUUUCUGGUGUUCAGGGGAUGCACACUUGUAUUACAAGCCUCACUUUAAGGAAAUGGCAAAAUUGUGGUCAGAAAACUGUGAAUGUACCUCUAUUUGGAGAGAUUUCUGUUUUCUCGCUGUUAGUGUUUUUAUUCUGUGUGGCAUUCGCUGUCUUCUGGGCUGCUACUCGACAUGAAUCUUAUUCGUGGAUUGGCCAAGACAUUCUUGGAAUCUGUUUGAUGAUAACAGUCUUGCAGUUGGCUCAAUUACCCAAUAUUAAGGUUGCGACUGUACUCCUAUCUUCUGCCUUUGCCUACGACAUCUUUUGGGUGUUCAUAUCUCCGCUGAUAUUCCAUGAAAGUGUCAUGAUUGCAGUUGCUCGAGGUGACAAGGCUGGUGGUGAAGCAAUUCCUAUGCUUUUGAAAUUUCCUCGUCUUUUUGAUCCAUGGGGUGGUUACGACAUGAUUGGAUUUGGAGAUAUUAUCUUUCCUGGUUUGCUUGUUUGCUUUUCUCAGAGAUUUGACAAAGAUAAUAAAAAGGGAGCAUUAAAUGGAUAUUUUCUUUGGAUGAUAGUUGGCUAUGGCAUUGGCCUCGUUUUCACAUAUUUGGGGCUAUAUCUGAUGGACGGAAAUGGACAACCUGCACUCCUCUACCUUGUUCCAUGCACUCUAGGCGUCAUUAUCGUACUUGGACUUAUACGAGGUGAGCUGAAGAGCCUUUGGGAUUACGGCACAGACUCGUCCUUGUCCACCGAGCCUUCAUAUUCCGAAGUUUAAGUUGUUAACUAUAGCACAUUCUUUGAGAGUUGAAAUUGAAAUGAUCACAGCUCAAUGGUCCAAAAUAAAUGCAGUGGUUAGCACAAACACUGGGUGUACAGGCUCCAUAACUAUCGUUGUACUCCAUCGUCGUAGUUCUCUUGUAAAAAGAACAAAAAACAGAAGAACUUUGACAACUCAAAACGAACGUUUUAUUUAUUAUUUGUCAAUUCGGCGUGCAACUAAAAUUUGAUCAUUAUUUAUGCAUGCACCUUACAAGUAUAAAAGUGAUACAAUACACAUUUAGUCUUGUUAGGUUUUUACUAUA